AUGGAGGCGCAAAGCAUCCUCGAUAGAAUUAAUAAUAUCGAGCAAAUCGUUAAUAAUCUCUAUGAAGAAAAAAGACGACGUGAAGAAGCAAAUAGAGAUAAUUACUUCAUGAGCACAGCUCAGUCUGAGACUGCCAAAAAACAAAAUGAAACGGAAUCGAUUAUUUCAUCUGAUAAUUCUUCGUCCAAUAUAUCAUCUGAGGGUGUUUCAUAUGAUAUUUGGUCUCGUUUUAAACAGAUUGUUGAAAUAAAUGAUUAUAGUAUAGGAAAGAUUUGUGCGCAAACUGUGAAGAAUUUCUAUAAAAAGAAUAACUCUCAUAGUAAAAUAUUAGAUAAGAUUAGUGUAUGGGUACGAAAUAAUGAGUAG